UGGCACAGAGAACAAGCUGAGCUCCCUCUCUGACCUGGAGCAGCAGUACCGGGCCCUGCGCAAGUACUAUGAGAACUGCGAGGUAGUUAUGGGCAACCUGGAAAUCACCAGCAUCGAGCACAACAGAGACCUCUCCUUCCUGAGGUCUAUCAGAGAAGUCACAGGCUAUGUUUUGGUGGCUUUGAAUCAGUUUGAAUACCUGCCACUGGAGAACCUGCGCAUCGUUCGUGGGACCAAGCUCUAUGAAGACCGAUACGCUCUGGCAAUAUUUCUUAACUACAGAAAGGAUGGUAAUUUUGGACUCAGGGAACUUGGCUUGAAGAACUUGACAGAAAUACUGAAUGGAGGGGUGUAUGUUGGCCAGAACAAAUUUCUUUGCUUCGCAGACACCAUUCAUUGGCAGGAUAUCGUGCGUAACCCCUGGGCCUCCAACUUCACUUUGGUUCCAACGAAUGGCAGCUCAGGAUGUGGUCGAUGCCACAAGUCCUGCACAGGCCGAUGCUGGGGACCCACGGAGAAUCACUGCCAGACCUUAACAAAGACAGUGUGUGCAGAGCAGUGUGAUGGACGGUGCUACGGGCCCUACGUCAGUGACUGCUGCCACCGGGAGUGCGCUGGAGGCUGUUCUGGACCCAAAGACACUGAUUGCUUUGCCUGUAUGAAUUUCAAUGAUAGCGGAGCAUGUGUCACACAGUGCCCCCAGACAUUUGUGUACAAUCCUACUACCUUCCAACUGGAACAUAAUCACAAUGCCAAGUACACGUACGGGGCUUUCUGCGUCAAGAAGUGCCCACACAACUUUGUGGUAGAUUCCAGCUCUUGUGUCCGUGCAUGUCCAAGCUCCAAGAUGGAGGUUGAAGAGAAUGGUAUUAAGAUGUGUAAGCCCUGCACUGACAUUUGUCCUAAAGCGUGUGAUGGCAUUGGAACAGGGAGCUUAGUGUCAGCUCAGACAGUGGAUUCCAGCAACAUUGACAAGUUCAUAAACUGUACUAAGAUCAAUGGCAACCUGAUCUUCCUUGUUACUGGGAUUCAUGGGGAUCCAUAUCACACAAUCGCUGCAAUUAAUCCUGAGAAAUUAAAUAUUUUCCAAACAGUGAGAGAGAUAACAGGGUAUUUGAACAUACAGUCAUGGCCUGAGAACAUGACUGACUUCAGGGUGUUUUCUAACUUGGUUACUAUUGGUGGAAGAGCUCUGUAUAGUGGCCUUUCCUUACUCAUCCUGAAGCAGCAAGGCAUUACCUCUUUACAGUUCCAGUCCUUGAAGCAGAUCAGUGCUGGUAACAUCUACAUAACAGACAACAGCAAUUUAUGCUACUACCACACAGUCAACUGGACCAGUCUUUUCAGCACACCCAGCCAAAAGACGGUGAUUCAUCGAAAUAAAAAAGCAGAGAACUGCACUGCUGAUGGAAUGGUGUGUAACGAGUUAUGCUCAAGUGAUGGCUGCUGGGGGCCAGGACCAGACCAGUGUCUCUCCUGCAAGCGCUUCAUCAGGGGGAGGACCUGCAUAGAAUCUUGUAACCUGUAUGACGGGGAAUUUCGAGAGUUUGCAAAUGGUUCUGUUUGUGUGGAGUGUGAUCCCCAAUGUGAGAAGAUGGAAGACAACAUGAUCACAUGCUAUGGGCCGGGGCCUGACCACUGCACAAAGUGUUUCCAUUUUAAGGAUGGUCCGAACUGUGUGGAGAAAUGUCCUGAUGGUUUACAGGGGGCCAACAGUUUCAUUUUCAAAUAUGCCGAUGAGGAUCGUGAGUGCCAUCCGUGCCAUCCAAAUUGCACCCAAGGGUGUAGAGGUCCAGCUAGUCAUGACUGCAUUUACUAUCCAUGGACACGACAGUCCACUUUACCACAACAUGCUAGAACACCUUUGAUUGCUGCGGGAGUUAUUGGUGGCCUCUUCAUCAUCGUCAUCAUGGGCCUGACGUUUGCUGUGUACGUUCGACGCAAGAGCAUUAAAAAGAAGAGAGCGCUGCGGAGGUUCCUGGAGACUGAGCUUGUGGAACCCUUGACUCCAAGUGGUACGGCUCCCAACCAAGCUCAGCUUCGCAUCCUGAAGGAAACAGAGCUGAAACGAGUGAAGGUUCUUGGCUCUGGAGCCUUUGGAACAGUAUACAAGGGUAUUUGGGUCCCCGAGGGAGAAACCGUAAAGAUUCCUGUGGCCAUUAAGAUCCUUAAUGAGACCACUGGUCCCAAAGCCAACGUCGAGUUCAUGGAUGAAGCUCUCAUCAUGGCCAGCAUGGAUCACCCACACCUGGUGAGACUCCUGGGUGUCUGCUUGAGCCCGACCAUCCAGCUUGUCACUCAGCUGAUGCCUCAUGGCUGCCUGCUGGAUUAUGUUCAUGAACAUAAGGACAAUAUUGGCUCCCAGCUUCUGCUAAACUGGUGUGUCCAAAUAGCAAAGGGAAUGAUGUACCUGGAAGAGAGAAGACUUGUGCACCGGGACUUGGCAGCCCGCAAUGUCUUGGUGAAAUCACCAAACCAUGUGAAGAUCACCGAUUUUGGCCUGGCCAGACUUCUGGAGGGGGAUGAGAAGGAGUAUAAUGCUGAUGGAGGGAAGAUGCCAAUUAAGUGGAUGGCUCUGGAGUGUAUACACUACAGGAAAUUUACCCAUCAGAGCGAUGUCUGGAGCUACGGAGUCACUAUCUGGGAGCUCAUGACCUUUGGUGGAAAGCCAUACGAUGGGAUCCCAACUCGAGAGAUCCCAGACCUGCUGGAGAAGGGAGAGCGGUUGCCUCAGCCUCCAAUAUGCACUAUUGAUGUUUAUAUGGUGAUGGUGAAAUGCUGGAUGAUCGAUGCUGACAGUCGGCCUAAAUUCAAGGAGCUGGCUGCGGAAUUUUCUAGAAUGGCUCGAGACCCCCAGAGGUACCUGGUAAUUCAGGGAGAUGAUCGUAUGAAGUUGCCCAGCCCAAAUGACAGCAAGUUCUUCCAAAAUCUUCUUGAUGAGGAAGACCUGGAAGAUAUGAUGGAUGCUGAAGAGUAUCUUGUUCCUCAAGCCUUCAACAUCCCUCCUCCCAUCUACACUUCCAGGACAAGAAUUGAUUCCAACAGGGUCAUGAUGUCGAAAUUUCCUUGCACGCCCUUGCUGAGAAGCAGAAUGCAGAACCAGUUCGUGUACAGAGAUGGCGGCUAUGCUGCAGAGCAGGGAGUGCCGAUGCCGUACAGAGCUCCUGGCUGCAUCAUCCCAGAAGCCCCAGUUGCUCAGGGGGCGACAGCAGAGAUCUUUGAAGACACCUGCUGCAACGGCACGCUGCGGAAGCAGGUGGCCACGCUGGCAAAGGAGGACAGCAGCACCCAGAGGUACAGCGCUGAUCCCACAGUCUUCAUACCAGAGCGGGUGAUCCGGGGAGAGCUGGAUGAGGACGGCUACAUGACGCCAAUGCGGGACAAACCCAAAACAGAUUACCUGAAUCCAGUGGAAGAGAACCCAUUUGUCUCCCGGCGAAAGAACGGAGAUCUCCAAGCUGUGGACAACCCAGAGUAUCACAACGCUCCGAACGGGCAGUCCAAAGCAGAGGAUGAGUACGUGAAUGAGCCAUUGUACCUCAACACUUUUGCAAACACCUUGGAAAACGCUGAGUACCUGAAGAACAAUUUGCCAGAGAAAGCCAAGAAGGCCUUUGACAACCCAGACUACUGGAAUCACAGCCUGCCCCCACGAAGCACUCUCCAGCACCCGGACUACCUGCAAGAGUACAGCACAAAAUACUUUUACAAACAGAACGGACGGAUCCGGCCCAUUGUGGCAGAGAAUCCCGAAUACCUCUCCGAGUUUUCCCUGAAGCCUGGCACUGUGCUGCCCCCGCCGCCCUACAGACACCGGAACACAGUGGUGUAGUAUCCGCGGUCUUACAGAAGUGGAAAGGCAACCCCUUCUAGCUGCCUCACUCUUUCUCUUUUUCUCCUUCUCCCUUCCCUACUUCCCUUUUUUCCUCCCAUGAGCUUCCUCUUCUUGCCAGUUCACUCAUUUUUGCUAUUUCCAAGUGAAAGGAUGUCUUGGAGUCAUUUGUGGAUUGAGUUGGGAACCGGAAAAGAAGGAAGGAAGGAAGGAAAGAAGGAAGGAGACUGAGAGGAGGAGUGUACAGCCUGGUGUUUCUCGCCUUCCGCAGAUCCGAGAGGCAGGUGGUCAGAGAAACCAGACAGUACAGAAAAUCCAUGGCAGUGUUGCCUGCUGUCAAGCUAGUCUCAGUGAUUCCACCCAGACGCUGUAGGGGAAGCCGCAGAGAGGCUGUCUCUCUCAGGAGGAACUGAUGAGUCUGUACAGCAUUCCUGGAAAUCUCAAUGCAGUUUCCAUUAGGGGGAAAAAUGGACAAUUUUUAUAUUAUGUGUAAUAGCACAGUAAUUGAGAUUGAGAAUCCAGUUUCUUUCUCUAAUACUUUCUAUCCCAGCAACUGAAAACGGCUAACUUGGCUUUUCAUAAUCGUUCAGAUCUUCAUCGUGGCUUUCCCAGAAAUGAUGAUGUGACUCUGAGAGCCGGCGCAAUCCUUGUUCUGAGCUACACCAUGAUUUUGUGCCACUUCCUAACCACAGAGACUCCAGCUCAGAACUGGUGUGUGACAUGACCAUUUUUGUAUAUGUGCCAACAGGACAAAUGUUUUAAACAGAAAAAUCCUUUCAGAAAUGAGUAACAAAGCCCCCACCCCCCACGUGUUCUUCUUGAACCUAAAAGGCCAAGAAAUCAAGAUUUGUACGUAAAAGGCUCAGUUUCCUGUUUCAUACCUGCUGAACAUAGGUACAUAAAUGCAAAUAAAUUCUUCCCUCUUUUUCUUCUUUGAGAUCA